UCUUGGAAAAAGAAAUCCAUUACCAAAAUGCAUGAACUCUUUACAAAAGUACUCUCUAAACGUGAUCUAUCCCGUGCUGGGGAUCUAUUUUCUGUACCUGACAAUGAUAUUGUCAACGAUAUUAUCGAUGUGCUUUCCGAUAUCAAUGCCAUCAUCUCUUUGGCGGAUUAUCUGAAAAACAACAACGACCAGUCGGUGGUGGAGAUUUGUGUUACGCGCGUUCUCUCCUGUAUACGUGAAACGAAAACAGCCGAACGUUAUUGUCCUGCCCUUAUCGAUUUGCUGAAAACCUGUCUGCUAUGGAAUCUCCAACCGAGUGGUAGUAAUAAAGAAGAUCCGCCACAUGCCAAAAUAGCUGCCGAUAUUAUAUCGAGUAUAUUUUUGAAUUAUGACAAACGUGAAGUAAUGAAACUAGCCCUACCCAUUGCCGUACAAUUCCUGCCGAAGGGUAAUCGUGAGCUAUCCCGCAAUUUGGCCAGUUACCUAUCGCUGGCCGCCAUCGAUUAUGCCUAUUUGCUGAGUCCUCAUGUCGAUUCGAUUAUGAAUUCUAUAUUGGCUGGGAAUUAUGGCCUCCUGCGGGUACUCUCCCAAAUCUAUGAAGUUUCUCCAGAUACAGUAUCCCCUCAUGCCCCUCAACUGGUGGCCCUCUUACCCGAAUGUGAUUCUCAAGAAAGACUGGCCGUUUUUCAAUUGUAUCUCCUGAUUGCCCAAAGGACACCUUUGGUAUUGGAAUCCUGCAUUUCACCGUUAUGUGAAUUUCUCUAUGACAGUGAAACGGCCAGCACAACAAUGCAGAUUCUUUUGAAAUUGGCCGAACAGAGGCCGUUACUGGUGGCGGAACAUUUUGAUAAAAUCCGUUUGGCCACGAAAACAAAUCCGAAUACAAUGGCUUUGGGGGCCCAGGUUUUGGCCACAGCGGGACGGACGAAUAAGGAGAAUGCUCAAUAUGCUUUGGAUUUUGUAUUGGAACAAUUGCCGCAUGCGGAUCGUAGUUCUCAGGCGGUGUUACUGCAGGAGGCCACCAAGUUAUGUUCAUCGUUUCCGAUUUUAUUCACCGACAAGGUGUUGGCCUGUGUGAGGCAAAAGAAUGCCUUGAGCCAACAAAAGCUGUCUUCCUCGGAAACCAGUGUGGAUGUGGGUAAUAAAACCUCGGGAGGUGUUACCAUUGUCAAUUUGAAUAGUCCGCAUGAAUUGCCGGGUAUUCAGCAGCCAAUUGCAGGCAAGACAUCGGGUAUUACGGUGAAUACCUCAAUGGCGGCGAAUUCGGUUGCCCAACAUUCCACAAUUAUCAGUGCAGACCCUGUGACCAGCACCACCACAGUCACAGUGCCUUCGGGUCAUACCACGCAUGCCACCACUGGACGCAUGCACAAAAGCAAACAGAGUCGCAGUAGUCCGAACAGUCCCAAGGAUCCGUAUAGGCGAACUAUUACCACGGGAAAUAUUAAAAUACCAUCCAACAAUCCUGCACCAGUUUUAUCUCAACCUCCAAAUAACACCACCAACGCAACCACACCCACAGUACCACCCACCCCACCACAUGCUGGCUAUACACGGCGAGUAAAACUUGGCGACUCACGAAGUACCGGACGCCUACAUCCCUCGGGUAAUACACAUCGUAGCAUGACCCGCCUCAAUGUGGCCGGUGGUUCAGUGGGUGGCCUCCACAAAAGUAUGACGAGGCUAAGUUCAUCGCAACACAUAAAUCAAAAUGGCGGCUCAGCCUCCGGUUCUGGAUCGAAUACGGCGAAUAACUCAACCUCAAGCAGCAAUGUGGUGGUACAAACUGGAGUUAUACCCAAGACACCUACAUCUCCCAACAGCCCUGGCUAUGUUACGCCCGUACCUCCGCUAAGUAAUAAUGUUAUUAUUACGGGACACAAUAAAUGGGGUAUACCCUCUACGCAGGUGACAUCCGGUGGAGUCACAGUGACAACAUCUCCUACCAAAAUGCGGCCGCAGUCCCAAGGACCCACCACCCUGCUCAACACCAGUGCUGCCCUUAUGAAAUAUAGUACCGAUGCCUUAAAUCAAUCGAUUGGUUCGAUAACAGCCCCCGUAAAUCCGGUCUCAGUGCAUCAUGCAUCGCCAGCCUUGCCACAUCAAAAUAAUGGCAAUCAAAAAUCUGUGAUGAAAUUACCAGUGAAUGGAAGUAGUGAUCACGAGGUCAUUGUCUCCGGUCCCACGACCAAUGUUACACCACGCCGCAAUGACAACACCAGCCGCACUCUGUUAAAUGCAAACAACAGCAUUUUAGAUCAACGCAUGAGUACUUUUGAACCCUAUCAAAUCAUGCGUGAUCCUGUCCAACAAUUUUGUGAGAAACACUUCUCUUCGAUUAGCUCCUAUAUGGAUGAGGUGUCGCAAAUGUUGCCACCACCCACACGUUGCAGUAUUGAAGAGAGGCGUUCGAAAAAAGUGGCAAAACUGCAUUUUGCCUGUCAGAUACGUGGACCUCAUUGUCUCUAUUCGAAGACCUGUUUUACGAUGAGAACCCGCAAUCCGAAAACCUGGAUACAUUUAAUGUUUCUCGAUUUUCAAGUGAGACACUAUGUUAAGGAGAAAAGUGUGUUGAGCACCCGUGAACCAGGUAUUAGUAAUUUGAAAAAUAUUUGGCAAAUACUCAAGUGUGAAAAUCGCAGUUUUACGGAAUUGGUGACCAGUCAGUUUCCAAGUAUAAAAGACCGUGAAAUUCUGGUCAAUGAAUUAAGACAUUCUGGCUUCCUGGAUGUCUUUGAAGUCUCCAAGACUGACAAAUCCAAUCCAAAUUGCAAUGAACUGGAAUAUCAAUGGGGUUGUUUCCUGUGUAAUCAUCCCGACAAGGCCAUGGGUUUCCUCAAUGGCAGUAAUCAGCCCAUGAUCGAGGGUCAACUGAAAGAGAAGAAGGGCAAAUGGCGGCUAUUCCGCAGAUGGCGUACCAGAUAUUUCACUUUAUCGGGAGCACAUUUGUCGUGUAAAGGAUCGAGUGGCGGCGAAAGCAUCGAUGUCAAUCAGAUACGUUCGGUCAAGGUGUCACGUGGUGCCCGCAACAUACCCAAGGCCUUUGAAAUUUUCACAGCCGAUCAAACACUAAUACUCAAGCCGAAGGAUGGCAAAAAUGCCGAGGAAUGGGUGCAGUGCCUUAGCAUUGUGGUGGCCCAUUCGCAGGCUCGUGAUAAUCCGCAUACGAAAACAAAUAGUUUACCGGCUCGUGGCAUGAGUAGCAGUAAGCCAUCGUUUUGAGAUUUUUUUUUG